CGGAAAUGGGGCGGGGCUACUAAAGCGCCGGCGCCCCGCGAAAGGAAGUGGCUGUUGGAGGCUUUAAGGUGGCUUUAAUUUUCGGCUGUCCGGGCUGCGCACCGUUUUGGCUGGAGUCGGGCUUGACUACGCUCGAUGGCUUUGGACGUGAAGUCUCGGGCAAAGCGUUAUGAGAAACUGGACUUCCUCGGGGAGGGGCAGUUUGCCACGGUUUACAAGGCCAGAGAUAAGAACACCAACCAAAUCGUCGCCAUUAAGAAAAUCAAACUUGGACAUAGAUCAGAAGCUAAAGAUGGUAUAAAUAGAACAGCCUUAAGAGAGAUAAAGCUACUGCAGGAGCUAAGUCAUCCAAAUAUAAUUGGUCUUCUUGAUGCUUUUGGACAUAAAUCUAAUAUUAGCCUUGUCUUUGAUUUUAUGGAAACAGAUCUAGAGGUUAUAAUAAAGGAUAAUAGUCUUGUGUUGACACCAUCACAUAUCAAGGCCUACAUGUUGAUGACUCUUCAAGGGUUAGAAUAUUUACAUCAACAUUGGAUCCUACAUAGGGAUCUGAAACCAAACAACUUGUUGCUAGAUGAAAAUGGAGUUCUAAAACUAGCAGAUUUUGGCUUGGCCAAAUCAUUUGGGAGCCCCAAUAGAGCUUAUACACAUCAGGUUGUAACCAGGUGGUAUCGGGCCCCUGAGUUACUAUUUGGAGCUAGAAUGUAUGGUGUGGGUGUAGACAUGUGGGCUGUUGGCUGUAUAUUAGCGGAGUUGCUCCUAAGGGUUCCUUUUUUGCCAGGCGAUUCAGAUCUCGAUCAACUGACAAGAAUAUUUGAAACUUUGGGCACACCAACUGAGGAGCAGUGGCCUGACAUGUGCAGUCUUCCAGAUUAUGUGACAUUUAAGAGUUUCCCUGGAAUCCCAUUGCAACACAUCUUCAUUGCAGCAGGAGACGACUUGCUAGAUCUCAUACAAGGCUUAUUCUUGUUCAACCCAUGUACUCGAAUUACUGCCACACAGGCAUUGAAAACUAAAUAUUUCAGUAAUCGGCCAGGGCCAACACCUGGAUGUCAACUGCCAAGACCUAAUUGUCCUGUGGAAACCUUAAAGGAGCAGUCACAUCCCGCUAUGGCAACAAAACGGAAAAGAACAGAGGCCUUGGAACAAGGAGGAUUGCCCAAGAAGCUAAUAUUUUAGUUAAAGAGAAUACUGGACAAUAUUUUACUACUGCAAGAACUACUACAAAACGCAGAUAAUGAAAAAAAUAAUAAACAUGAAGUAAAUGCUAUAGAAGGAAUUUGUAAAUAUCCUACAUAUGUAAAAUAUGUAAAAGUGUGGGUUAUUUUUAUUAAAUGUAUUUUAAGAUAAAA